UAACUAACUUCAGAAUUAGCUGCCCAUUUACAUGCGCUUUAUAGUAUACAGGACGAGAUGACACAUCAACUGAGACAAUUUAACGCAACUUAAUCAAACCAAGGUUGUAGAAGUAGCAGUUAUGUCAAACGUUUUUCGAAAUGCAAAUUCGUGAAAUGGGGAAUUCCUAUGUUUGUCAAUGAUAUGCUGGAUAGGAUAGCUUCUAUCUAUCCUCCCAUAGCCUGUGUACCGAAGAAUGAGACAUCCUGAAGUAGGCGGACCGACAAAAUGAAAGUGACUGCUGCUACAAUUCCGGACUGUUGAAGCUAAUCCACAACAACAACGACGAGGCAUUUAUUCCAUUCCGAAGAAGUGGAUCUACAAGUAAAAUGGACCCAAAACAAUAUAUGUUUUUCAUCAUUACCGAAAGAGAUGAGAGGAUACCAAGCCUCCACCCUGGUCAGAUCUGCUACUUGAAAGAAGACCAAUACCUACGUAAAGUUGAACAGGACUCUAAAGUGUUACCAGUGAAGUGGCUGGGGUCUAAGGAAUGCGAAGUGCAGGUGGAUUGCCUGCAUCCGCUUUCUCCAGUAGAUGCAGCGUUUCUACAGGCGCUUGACACCGAGGAAGAGAGACUGGAUGCCUUUCUGAAGAAAUCGGCCUUAGAAGCAGCUGCAGGCUUGAAGGAGGGUGCCCAUGUUUAUGUGAAGGAUAAGGAGACGUGGCAUUUAGGGGUACUUCUAUACAUUGGCAGCAGGAAUAGGAUGGUCGCGACCGACUGCUUCUGUGGCACAUUCUUCAGGAUUGAACUGCAGCUGCAGGCUAAAACGGAGGAAGUCUGGGUCCCCUUCACGUGUGUGAAGCCUGCCUCUGAGGCCCCUGUGCAGGCAGGAGACCGGGUUGUCUUCUUUCAAAACAAUGAGAAACAUGGCCGUCGUGGGAUGGUGAUGGACCUGCAAGAGGAGAAUGGCGAGCCAGUAGCGUACAUCUCCACUGACAUGAAUGAUCAGGGAGAGAAGGGCGGAACAAUCACUGUGCCCCUGGGCUUUGUUCUAAAAGAGGAGAACCUCCCCUCAGAUGUGGAACCCAUGGACACUGGUAUUGGUAUGGACACUGGUGCAGACACUGAACCAGCAAACAGCCGUUCCAUCAACGUAAACUCUCGAGUGAGAGUGGGCUUGGGCAAAGGUCCAGUGCAAGGGACGGUUCGCUGGAUAGGGCACCUGCCGGGAACUGAUGGGAUCAGAGUGGGCCUGGAACUGGACCAAAAGGUUGGAGUGGGUGAUGGCAAACUCAAUGGAAUCCGUUAUUUCUUGUGUCCACCAAGGCAAGGCCUGUUUGUGAAGAUGAGCUCAUGUUCACUGGAUAUUCAUGACAGUGGCACCAGGGGAAAAGUGCCAGCCUACUCCACCAAACAAUACACUCUAGACUGCGAUGGCAGACCUGAGAGUGAAAACGUUCCUCCUAUCAACUCCGAGGAUGUGAAACAGCUUCUUGUGGGUCGCAUGAAGGGCAUUCAAGGUCACUGCAACUCCUGCUACAUGGACGCUGCUCUUUUCAGUUUGUUCUCAUGUUCGUCAGUGCUUGACUCUCUGCUGUUCAAACCUGCUGAGCCCAAGGAUAAGCCAAUCCAGAGGACGCUGCUACGGGACAUCGUCAACCCACUGCGCAGGGAAGGCUAUGUUGAGGCUGGGAGCGUUAUGAAACUUCGGAAACAACUGCAGGAGAGUGGCUACUGCGCCACCUUCACCACAGAUGAAAAAGAUCCAGAGGAGUUUCUGUCUCUGAUAAUGAAUAAAAUCCUCUCUCUGGAGCCACCUAUCAAACUUUGUACAGGAGGCAGUGUACAGAGCAGUUUCUGUUACCAGAUAUUCCUGGAUGAAACCCACAAUCUGAUCUUGCCCACAGUCCAGCAGCUGAUUGAGCAGUCCUUCUACAGUAGCCAUCUCAAACUGGCUGAGGUUCCCUCCUGUCUGAUUCUCCAGAUGCCUCGCUUUGGGAAAAACUUUAAGAUGUUUCAAAAGAUCAUUCCCUCGCUGGAACUGGACAUCACUGGCCUUCUUUCAGAGGGCCCUCAACAGUGCCUGCUGUGUGGACGCCUUGCUAGUGAGGAGUGCGUGGAGUGUUUCAAAGAUUCUGCGUUUAGCAGGAACUGCUUCAAAUAUUACUGCCAGACAUGUUCCACUCAGGUGCACAGCCAUCCAAGCCGAAGGUCCCACAUACGAUCUCCUUCCUUUGUGCCUGAAGGUUGGUCACAAGCCAUCGCUCCGCCCAGGGAUGCAAUGGAGCUAUUCGCUGUGCUCUGCAUAGACACCAGCCACUACGUGUCCUUCCUCAAGUACGGACCAGGAACCACCGACUGGGCCUUCUUUGACAGCAUGUCCGACAGAGUCGGGGAUGUUGAUGGCUACAACAUUCCUGAGGUGCGUCUGUGCCCAGAGGUGGGCAGAUACCUGGAGAUGCCGGUCACAGAGCUCGCCUAUUUACAGCCCAGAGACAUGGACGAGGUGGCCAAGCGUCUCCUCUGUGACGCCUACAUGUACCUCUACCAGAGCCCCAGUGUCUCUCUGUACCACUGACAAAUACACUGUAUGUGCCUGCUUGUCAUCUCUCUUAUUGUAAUCUCUCAUUGAUGCCCCUGUAUUUGAACUGUUGUCUCCCCAAAAGAAACUGACGGAAAAUCCCCAAACUCUAAGCACUGUCAGGUGUACCUGUACCCACCAAACAAACAUAACCACAACUGAAUCCUUCAUAAUGGUACAACAGGAUAUAUUCUGAGUUGCAAUCAGAAUCUUUUUUUUUACUGCAUACUAACAUUAGGGGUUUACUGGUUGGGUUUGGGUUUGUGUCUUUAAAAACAGACUUUUAUUUGUAAAUAGGCUCUCCUCACUGUUCACUUUGAAUCAUUGAUUGCUUUAGCUAUAUUUAUUGUUCCUUGUGAUUUUGCUGGCCAAACUGAAGGCUUAUAACAAGAAGGUAAAGUGAUGCCAGUGGCAUAGCUACUCCUCCACUCAAUUUUACAAAAGGUUUAGGGGGUCUUACAUAAACUAGUAUGUUCUCAGGUUUUAAAAAAUAUCAUUAUCUCUUGCAAAAUGUUAACCAGUACAGUGGAAGUAAAGUUGAAUGUUUAG